ACAAUUAGAACGUUUUUAAUACGAACAAGUUAUUAAGAUCAGUACCUGCCGGGUCGUGUUAUCGACAGUAAAACGAAAGGCGAACUUAAAAACAAUAUAAAGCAAAAGCAAUUUCGGAUAAACAAAGGGGAAAAUCUUGGCAUAAAUUCCUAUAUUCACUUUAAACGCAUUUCAAACGUUGAGCUAAAUGGUUAAACUCAGUCCAAAUAAAUAUUGAAUUUAAUACAAAAUUUAAAAAGUGUACGUAAAACAACUGAAAUUUUAAAUAUUUAUUAGCUUUUACCAAAUUGCGAAGAAAAAGUGUUAUAGUUUUUUAUUUAUUUUUUGUUUUUUUAAUUGUUAAAGAAGUUCACAAUGGUCCAACAACCCUCUUAUUGGAAGGUUUUGACACGGAGAAAACAACUGUCGCAAGAGGGUGCGGAUGGCGAGAGUAAAUUAAAUCGUGUUUUGGGUUUAUAUGAUUUAACUGCCCUAGGUGUUGGUUCUACUUUAGGAGCUGGCGUUUAUGUAUUGGCAGGUCAAAUUGCAAAAGAUCAAGCUGGGCCCUCAGUAAUGUUGUCGUUUGCCAUUGCGGCCUUGGCUUCAUUGUUGGCCGGUAUAUGUUAUGCAGAAUUUGGUGCUCGUGUGCCUAAAGCUGGCUCUGCGUAUGUUUACAGUUAUGUGUGUAUAGGGGAAUUUGCAGCUUUUGUCAUUGGUUGGAAUCUAAUAUUGGAAUAUAUGAUCGGUACUGCUAGUGUGUGCAGAGGUAUAAGUCUGUAUUUAGAUACUCUUAUCAAUGAUACCCUAAAAACCACAUUUGCUGAAGUAGCACCGAUGAAUGUUUCUUUUUUGGGAAGUUAUUUUGAUUUCUUUGCCUGUGGCCUAGUAGCAGUCUUUGGAGUUGCACUGGCUUUUGGCGUGGAAGCAUCGGCGAUCGCAAAUAAUUUCUGUACCUGUCUAAAUUUGUUCAUUUUAUUAUUUGUUAUUAUAGCUGGUUCAAUAAAAGCUAAUUUUUCGAAUUGGACAAUUGAUGUUGAUACAGUAAAUAAAACUGAAAUACCACCAGAUACUGACCUGGGUAUGGGAGGAUUUUUCCCAUUUGGCUUUACUGGUACAUUAAAGGGAGCUGCGACCUGUUUUUUUGGGUUCGUUGGUUUUGAUUGUAUCGCAACAACUGGUGAAGAAGUACAAAACCCACGCAAAAAUAUUCCACGCUCCAUUUUGCUCUCGUUGUUAGUGAUAUUUUUGUGUUAUUUUGGAGUUUCAACAGUGAUAACUCUAAUGGUGCCCUACUAUUUGCAAGAUCCUAAUGCUCCACUUCCAAGUGCAUUCAAAGUCGUUGGUUGGAAUUUUGCAAUGUGGCUUGUGUCUAUUGGAGGGUUGAUAGGGUUACUUGCCAGCUUAUUUGGCGCUUUGUUUCCGUUGCCCAGAGUAAUGUAUUCCAUGGCUCAAGAUGGUCUUAUGUUCAGAGUUUUUGCACAAAUUCAUCCAAGGUUCCGAGUCCCUGUUAUAGGUUCAAUUGUAGCUGCCAUGUUGACAGCUCUUAUUGCUGGUUUAUUCGAUUUGGCUCAGUUGGUAAAUCUUUUGUCAAUUGGCACCUUAUUAGCCUACAGCGUAGUGGCCAUUUCUAUAACAAUAUUGCGUUAUAUGGAUAAUGCCGAUACUUUUGGAAAAUCACAAUCAAAUGGAAAUAUUGACAGCGUAAAUGGUGAGAAUGGUCAUAGCAAUGGAAAUGGCAAUCAUCACAGUAAUGCCAACGGUAAUGGUUAUAAUGUAUCUGAAAACUCGCUAUUGACUUCAAAAGGAGAACGUACCACUUUUAAGGCGGUAAUGGUGCAACUCUUUAACUUCAGGCGAGAAUACACUCCCAACGAACUGUCUACAAUAAUUGUUGGUACACUUAUCACCGUAUUUUGUAUUCUGUCAGCCGGUAUUGGUUUAAUAUUUAUGCAAGCAUACGACGCACUGAUUAAUAAUCAAACCUGGGUAUUAGUUUUACUGGUGGUGCUAUGUGCACUCACUGCCUUGGUAUUACUUUGUAUAUGUUUACAGCCGAGGGAAUUGUGUACGCGAGUAUUUACUGUCCCCUUUGUGCCUUUCGUACCGGCCAUAAGCAUAUUUAUAAAUAUUUAUCUUAUGUUACAAUUAGAUGUUAUGACUUGGAUUAGGUUUGGUGUAUGGAUGGCUAUUGGUAUCCCUAUGUUUGUAGCAUGUUGGUGCAUGUAUGAUAUAAAAAAUCCCGCUAAUAGACAUCCGGAUAGGAUAGAAUUUGAAAGACUUUUAAAGCUUUCAUCUCAAAAUCAUCAAUCGAAUUCCGAACAAGAAUUUAUAAAUAAUUUUAAUAAUGAUCUUAAUACGUCGACAUCGACACUGAUAAUGCAACAGAAUGAACAUUCCGUUAGAAGUCUUGAUGAUAUCUUGGAUCUAAAUGAAGUGGAGGAAGGCUUAAAGGAAGUAAAACAUCCAAAUGGUCAAAUUUGUUAUAUCGAAGACAAUAACAGUCACAAAUCGCAAAUAUCACUACAAAAAAUAGACGAAGGCAAAGAUGUUAAUUAUGCAUCCUUGCAAAAUGACACUUCUGAAGAGGAAAAGUCUGUAAUAGCAUUGUUGGAUAAUGUACUAGAAAAGGAGGAUGACAAUUAUCAACACUUACAGACAUAUGAUCGCAAAAUCAGUAUAGACUCCGAAAUGGGACCCAGUGUUACCAGAAGCACAACAGUAGCCACAGUACACAGCAGCAGUAACAGUGACAGUUCCGAAAAUUGCACAAAAAGCCCAACGAAUAGUAUAGAUUCAGGCAUUGGGACCUAUGAAGAAAAGCAAAAAAUGGCCCAGGAACUGGUUGAUGAAAUUUUAAAUAGCGAAGAUCUAUGGAGAGCAGUGGAGAAACACAAACAGCAACAACUGCUAAAAAAGACUAUUCUCCACAAAUCCAGCAAUGCGAUUGAAUUAAAUAACAAUGAAGUUGACAGUUUAAACACGUCGAAACAAGAAAAUGAAAAAAUCAUGAAUGCCUUAAAAAGAGUCCAAUCUGUAGAAUCAGUGGUAUCUUCAAACUCAGUAGAUGAUCCUUUACAUUCCGAAAAGUUUCGCAACAAACUAAGUAAAUUAAUUAUUAAACCACCUGAACCAAAGCCAGCCAAAGAACCCCCAAAAUCCGAAGAUUCCAUUCAAGAAAUACGACCUAAAUUGAAACACUCGAAAAGUGAAGCUGAUGUUAAAGCAUUAGUAUUGAAAGCCAUAGAGGACUGUCAUGUCGACAUAGACAAUAAAAAUGAUGCUGAUGGGGAAGUUGGGAAAUACAUUCCAAAGCCCCCAAAAUUUGAUCCAGUAUUAUACAAAACUAUAAAUAGCAUAAGUAAACCAAAGGAUAGACCCAGUUUAGAUAAACUAUUAAAAAUGGAUGAAUUAAGUAAUGCAAAUGCUCAAAAAAUAGAUUUACCCGAAAGAAACGAAUCACAAAAUAACGAAUUGUCAUUUAAACAAAAACUAGAGGCAAUAUUGAAACGGGGACCUAAGCCUCAUACCGGGCCGGAUAUUGGAAAGAUUAGGCCUAAAUCCGUGGGACCCUUACAAUUAACCACCGAUAAUCUUAAUAUUUCAGAAAUUGAUAAUCAAUCCAAAAACAAUCUCAAUAAAACAUCUUCACAAAUAGAGGAAUCGAAAAAAGUUUCAACAUCUGUAAAAAUAAUCCCAAUUGAAUUAUAGCAUUUUAUAGUACUACGAAUUCAUAGGCUUAUUUCUUUUUGUUUAGAUGUACAUAUGUAUGUUAAUUAUGGUUGUCUUUUCGCAUGUACAUACAUAGUAUAUAUUAUGUUAUAUUUAAAAUUUAAGUUCCUCAAAAAAAAUCUAAAGUUUAUUCAGUCUGAAUGACAUUAUCCCAAAUCAAACUUUUGGGACAACGCUGAAAAAUUUUAAAUUUGUUUCAAGCUUUUCAAAAUUUUCAAAUUAUUACGAAAUAUUUUUUUAUAUGGAACAAACAUUAGGAACCACAAAAUGGAUACCUCUAGAACUAAAAUUUUGGAAGUGAUAUAUUAAAACCAAGACACCCUUAUGUGCACAUACUUAUGUAUGUAUGUAUAUCACUUCUAAACAUAUGUAUACUUAAAAACACACAUAAUAUAAUCACUUGAUUUGCAUGCUGUAUACUGGUAUUUAAACAUCUAGUCGUUAAUAUAUUUUGUAAUAUAUUUUAUUAUAUUUUAUAUCUAUUCCCUUUUUUCGUAAACUAGGUCUGUCAAUUUACUUCUUUUAUGGUCUUCCCAAUAGCUUUAGGGACUUAAAGAGGCAACGUGUUGGUUGGCAGAAGUUAAAAUACAGUGAAUAUUUUUAAGGUUUUAAAACUUUUUAUUAAAGUUAAUUUUAUUAAUUAUAAGAAUAAUUAAAAAGUGAAUAUUUGAACAAUACAUACAUGUGUAUGUAUUAAUUUUUAAGAAAUAGAUUAAGAUUAAACAAUAAUUACAUAUUUCCCAACAAUGAACAGUAAAUAAAAAGUAUUUAAAUAACGCAACAAAUUUAAUUUACAACAAACUAUUCUAAACCGUUCAAGGUCAAUUUUCAUAAAUAUUUUUUUAUAACCUAUUUAUUUUAAUG